UUUUCAGGUGGUAAAGAUUGCACAUUAACACUACAUCUAUUAUCCGCACAACCCGAAAAGUAUAAUAUCACCUCACUUAUAACAUUUACACCUCCUGCGUCUACUACACGAUUUCUCGCUCAUCCACAACAUUUGAUAAAACUUCAAUCUCAGGCUCUUACUCUUCCUCAUCAAUUUUUAGCUGUUACACCACCAUAUGUAGAAUCAUAUCGUUCUUUAAUAGAAUCAUGUAAUGUUGAUGUUUUAGCGACAGGUGAUAUUCUCGAUGUUUGUAACCGAUUUAUGGAUCGUGUUGUUGAAGGUACAGAUAUAGAAUUAGUACGUCCACUCUGGGAACGUGAAAGGGCAGAAUUAAUUGAAGAAUUAUUCAAAUUUGAAUUUGAAAUUUUAAUAAGCUGUGUAAAUUUGGAAAAAAUGAAGGAAGAGGCAGCAAGAAAAUUAGUUGGAAAUAUUCUUACACGUGAUCUAUAUGAAAAUGUUAUAUUAAAACAAGAUAUAGAUGGUUGUGGUGAAAUGGGAGAAUAUCAUAGUAUGGUAUUAAAUGGUCCAUUAUUUAAAAAAAGAAUUGUUAUUAAGAAAGGUAAACAAACAAUUUCAGAGGAUGGAAAGUUUUUAUAUUUUGAGGUUCAAGAAUGUGAGACAGUUGAUAAAACGUGUUCCGAAUAA